CACAUAAAGCUUUAAUGAACUGAAGACAGUAUAAAUAUCGCCACAGAGAAUGUCAAAGUCACAUCGUCUCCACUAUUCCGUGAUUUAACAUCAUGAAAUUUGCAGUUGUUCUUUUUGGCGUUUUGGCCGCUGCCUCCGCUGCCCAACUUAGCGGCAACGAACCCAUCCCCAUCGUCAGGCAAGAUGCUGAAGUUAAUUUUGACGGGUCCUACAGAUCGUCUUACGAAACGGGAAACGGAAUUUCUGCCAACGAACAAGGCACGUUAAAAAAUGCUGGCAACAAAGAUGCUGAAGCUGAAGAGGUUCAAGGAAAUUUCCAGUAUACCGCACCAGACGGAACCGUUAUUCAGCUGUCUUAUCUUGCCAACGAAGAGGGUUUCCAACCACAAGGUGCCCAUCUACCAGUUGCUCCAGUAGACGAUAAUACUCCUCCUCCAAUCCCAGUUGCCAUCCUCCGGUCCCUGGAAUACAACGCAGCCCAUCCUGAGCAAAACGAACCAGCAAAAAGGUUGUAAAUUCUAGUCCCCGGAUUGCACUUCUCCACUGCCAAAUAUAUACAUUCUUAUAAAAUGUGCUGUAUAUAUUCAAUGACUUGUGCCAUGUACAAAUGUUUACCUUUAAAUAAAUUAUUUUAACUUUAA